AUGGCGCCCUCCGCGUCGCACCACCACCGCUCCGUGCUCACGCAGUCCAACAAGAAGUUCGGGCGCCGCCAUGCCAGCAAGGGCGCCACCAAGGCGCUGAGCAAGGGCCGCACCGAGAGCGUCGUGCCGUCGCUGCGCGGCCCGCUCGCCGGCGCCGCCGCGUCGCCGCUGGGCGCGCGCAUCGGGCGCCGCAACCGCGCCGUGCAGCUGCGCAAGGCGCACGACGAGGCGCUGCUCAAGGCGCGCGACGUGUACGGCAAGCAGAACAUGCCGCGCGCCGUCGUGUGCGCCAGCCUGGCGCCCGACGUCGACGCGUGGGAGGUGCUGCUGCGCAUGGAGGCCGACGACGAUGUCGUCGUGACGCGCAAGGCGGGCCGCUGCUGCGAGAUCGAGCUCACGCGGCACCGCACCGUGCUGCAGGUGCACUGCCCCGCGUACGGCGCCCUCUUCCCGCUGCUCGACCUCGCGCAGUCGAGCGACUUUCUCCUCUUCUUCCUCUCCGCCUCGCACUCCAUCGACCCAGGCUCGUGGGGCGAGACCGCGCUGCGCAUCCUGCAGGCGCAGGGCAUGCCGUCGGUGCAGUGCGCCGUGCCCACGCUGCUGCCCGACGACGCACCCGCCAAGGCCGGCGCCCGCCAGCGCGCGUCGCAGGGCGCGCGCUCCUCGCUCCUCUCCUUUGCCCAGUACUUUGCGCCGACGCUCGAAAAGGUGCACGCGCUCGACGACCGGGCCGAGCGCGGCGCCCUCUUCCGUACGCUGGCCACGAGCACGCCGCGGCGCGUCGCAUGGCGCGACGCCCGCGCCUGGGGCAUUGUUGAGGAAGCGGCCUUCGAUGCACCUGCCGGGGCAGAGAGCGGCACGCUCAGCGUCGAGACGUGGGUGCGCGGAGCCCCGCUCUCAGCACAGCGCCUCGUGCAUCUCCCCGACUUUGGCGACUUCAUCGUGCGCCGCAUUGUCGCUGCGCCGCUGUCGAAGCGGCAUGAGAAGCGCGCCAAGAAGGGCGACGCAGAGAUGGCCGACGCUGAGCCGCAGCAGCUCGUGCUCGACGAGCGCGAGGAGGGCUAUGCCGACGAUCUCGUCGAGACCAACGAGCCGGACGCCAUGGCCGCAGAGCAGACGUGGCCGACAGAGGAGGAGAUGGCCGACGCGCCUGCGGCCGCUGCCAUGACGGCCGACGAGGCGGUGCCGGACGCGGCGCCUGGCACCACGCCCGCGAGCAUUAGCAAGAUUGCGGCCAAGGCCAAGCGCGGCGAGGCGAGCCGGCGGAAGUACGAGGCCGCCUGGAUUGUCGAGUCCGACGACGAGGAGCUGGACGAGGAGGACGGCGAGAUGAUGGAGACCGACUCCGCGGCUGCCGCCGAAGAACAGGCCGCGCUGCUUUCGGAGGACGAGAACUUUGACGACGAGGAUGAGGACUUUGAUGACGAGGAGGACGCCGAGGCGCUUGCCGCGUACCAGGCGCAGCGCGCCGAGGACAAGGCCAAGCGCGCGCGGGACGACGAGGAUGCCAAGUUUCCCGACGAGGUCGACACGCCGCUGGCUAUCCCGGCGCGCCAGCGCUUUGCGCGCUACCGCGGGCUGCGGUCACUGCGGACGUCCGAGUGGGACGCAUACGAGGACCUGCCGCUCGACUACGCCCGUAUCUUCCAGUUCGACGACUACCGGCGGACACGGCGCCGCGUCGAGGGCGAGGCUCUCGAGGAGGGCAUUGCGGUGGGCCAGCGUGUCAAGCUGGUGCUCGAAAACGUGCCGCGGGCGGCAGCCGCGCGUGCAGGUGCGUUCGGCAUGCCGGAGCGCGACUCGCGGCCGGUGCUGUUCGGGCUGCUGCGGCACGAGCACAAGAUGUCCGUGCUCAACUUCACCGUCGCGCGGAACACCGAGUACGAGGGCAGCGUCAAGUCCAAGGACCCGCUGGUGCUCUGCCUCGGCCCCCGCCGCUUGCGCGUCAACCCGAUCUGGAGCGAGCACAACCCGGCGAACAACGGCUCGCGCGGCACGAACAACGUGCAUCGCUUCUCGCGCUUCCUGCGCGGCGGCUCGGGCGCCGUGAGCGUCGGCACCGUGCUCGCGCCCGUCACGUUCGGCGGCGCAAACGUGCCCGCCGUGCUGCUGCGGGAGCGGCGGCUCGACGGCGAGAUGGGCCACGACCAGCGCGGCGUCGGCGCCAACCAGAUGCCGCACCUCGUGGGCAGCGGCAGCCUGCUUGACGCCGCGCCGACGCGCAUCAACGUCAAGCGCAUCGUGCUCACGGGCCACCCGUUCAAGGUGCACAAGAAGACGGCGACGAUUCGCUGGAUGUUCUUCAACAGCUCCGACGUGCACUACUUCAAGCCGAUCGAGCUGCACACCAAGUACGGCAAGGCCGGCCACAUCAAGGAGUCGCUCGGCACGCACGGCUACUUCAAGGCGCACUUCUCGCAGCCCAUCAACCAGAUGGACACGAUCAUGCUGCCGCUCUUCAAGCGCGUGUUUCCCAAGUGGAGCUCGCUCUACCAGGACGCGCACCAGGAGCUGCCGAUCGUGCCAGACGAGGCAGAGCAGGGCGACGGAGACGCGAUGCAGAUGCACACGCGCGAGGCGUUUGCCGAGGUUUGAGAGGCACGGUCAGAGGGUGUAAUAGAGAUGCGACAACACUGUCGGUGCCGGUGAGGCGAGGUGUGGCAAGCAGAGGCUGCAGAGGCCAUCCGGCUGGACCAGGCGCUGGAGUUUGCGGCCACGCAGUCUGGUCUAGCGGGCAGCAGAGGCGCCAGCGCAUCUGGUAGGUCCUCCGUCCAGAGCAACCUCGGCGCUGGCAGUCCAGCCUUGUGCCAGUCUCGAUACCAAUACAUUGCCGAGCCUGCCGUCUUC